AUGGAGAAAACAGAGAUGCUUGAAAUUUCAAACCUGAGUCACCAAUUUUUUCCCAAAACGGCCCUUUUUGAAGCUAAUUCUACUAGACUAACAAGGGUUCCUCAGGGUCGUGGUAUGGUGACGGGAUAUCUGAGGAUCACACAAGGAUUCCUCAGAGUUGUGACAUGUCGGGAACUUGAGAUUCGCACACGGGAGCCUCAAGAUAUAAAUUCGACUACUGUUCACGAUGAGUUAAGGAAAUUGGGAGCUAGUUUUCGCAAAAAAUGUUUAGCAGAAACUGGUGUGCCUCUACCGAUGCUAGAAGCAGCAGAACUUGGCGAAUUUGCGGAUGAUACAAAAUUAGCGUGUUAUUUCAAAUGUGUGAUGGAAUCAGGGGGUGUGAUGAAGAAAAAUGGCAAAAUAAACUAUAAGAUUUUGGCCAAACUAAUGCCACCAUCAUACAGGCACAUUGGAGUACAAAUGAUCGAUGAAUGUAAAGAAGUAGGGGGUAGCGACAAGUGUAACAAAACUUUCAACUUCAACAAAUGCAUGUACCUCGCAAAUCCUGUGGCGUAUUUCGUUAUCUAAAUAUAAAGUAUUAUAUGCAUGAGUAAGAUUCUAAAAUAUUAAUUGUAAAUUUGACAAAAUAAAAAUCCUCCUCAAUUCAUCCUGUUUCUCACACAUACAUAUUCCAACGCUAUAAUUUAUAUUAAAUAAAAUAAAAUACACCCAAAAAAUAAAAAUUGGAUGUAUUAUUUUCAAGUAAAAACAUUUAUUGUAACAAUUCCAUAAAUACAACAAUUUUUGUAUAUAUACAUCUUACUUUAUAUAACUUAACGCUUUAUGAUUUAGCGAAUGCAGUCGGUGUGCCUCUGUAGCACUACGUGUUACAAAAUGCAUAAUGAUACUUUACGUAUAACUGCAGCUUACGUUAAAUUAUUACAAUGAUAAAGUUUCUUGCGAUAUACAUACAAAACGUGAUCAUGUACGUUAUAUACAUCUCUGAUUAAACACCCGCAAUUUUCCCAUUAAUAUUAUCAGUACGUAUAAAUAAUAAUAAAUCUACAAAGAAUUGACACACUUGCCGUGUAUCAAAACAGUCUUUUAUUUCACUUUAUUUCCUUGACAUACACGACUGUCGUGACAAAUAUUGCGGACAAAUUAUAGACAAUCAGACGUAUAAAACAAUGAAUGAUGUAAGAUCUUUACAUUCUCGACAAUCUCUCGACAUCAUCACAAAUAAUAAGCCUCAUUGUAUAAAUAAUGAUGAUAAUGC